GGGCGAAGUAUGUAUGCAUGCAUGCCUCGCUGCAUGCUUACACGACCGGUUCUGCCACACAGUUUAGAUACCGACCUGUUGUGUCACUAUCUUUCGGUUCUGACACGACAAGACUCUUGGCCUAAGGCCAAGAAAAGCCCAGGAGUAAGAAAAGCCCAAGAAGAACAACUAAAAACUAGAAUUGGUCGGGAUUGUAUGCAGCCAAGACAGCACGAGAGAAUACAAAGUAGAAAAUCUUGCAGGGCCUUGAUCUUGUCGUUGGUGUUAUUGUUGUUGUUCUCGACCUGUCUAUCUAUCUGUCUGUCCGUCUACCAUACUGCAGUACGUAUCAAUUGUUGGUUAGGCUGCAAUCGGUGAUUGUCAUGACAUUCUUGCGCGCAUCUGCUAAGUUAGUAGGAUGUCGUCACAUCAAUAUCACUAUACCCUAGUCAUCACAACCACUAGCUAGAUAACUAUCUAGUAUACGUCUACAGUAGCAGCAUGACAGACCUAACCUAGCACUACUACUAUCAACAAAUUCAAGAAAUAAUAUACAUAUAUGCACUUUAUCUAUUUUUAAUACCCGCAAGGUUUGCGCAAGUACAACACUGUCAUCGUCAUUCUUAUCUUCAAGCUCGAGCACCCAACAGCCCCGACAGAUC